UGCAUGUUCUGGCAGGUCUCAGGCCCUCUCUCUCUCUCCCUCUCUCUCUCUCUCUCUCUCUCGGAGAGCUGGGUCCGGCGGUCCGCCAAACAACCUCCAUGCUGUCAAGUCCCAAAAAGCUCUGGUCUUUCGCAUUUCUAGCUUAACCUACCCCUUGCAAAACUCUCUCUCUCUCUCACGACCCACGUUGCAAAUCACUGACUCAGAAAAAUAUUCAAUUCCCUUAUUUUUUCCAUUUUUAAAAAUUUUAAGAGUUUCUACUAAUGUCCUCUGCUUCCUUCCAUCUCUAAUCUCCGAUUAUACAAAAGGAGAAAAGAAAUUAGAUUUGACUCUUUUGAUUGAUUGUUCAACUGAAAUAAAGCGGAAAAGGGCUGCCAACUAGAAACUCCCGCGCACGAAGAGCAUUUAUCUUUUUUACUUUUUAUUCUCUUUUGGGUUGUGUGCGGGAAUUUCUGGUAUGGUUUUUUCGUGUUCAAGUUUUUUCGUUUGAAAUUAUCUUCCUGUUUGUUGCUUUUUUAUCGUAAAAAGAAAGUUUCAAAUUUUGCAGUUUCUGUAACAUUCUUAAUCACAUUUUAUCCUUUUGUUUACUUACCUUUCCACCCCUGUUUUCGUUAGAGAUUGAAACUUUGCAAUUUGGGCAUCUAAAUUCGGAGCAUUUUCAGUUAGAAGAGACUUCCGGGACUUGUGCUGCAAUUUCAUUUAUUGUGAAUUUUCAGGAAAGGUUAAUCAAAAUGCAGAGCAAUCAUAAAUAAGAAUUUAUGAUUGCAAAAGGAAUAAGAAUUUUGAGUCUUUUUCUAAUACGAUUGAUGAUUUGGUUGAGUUUUGGAGCACCCAGAUAGAGAAUUUGAGAAGAUACGAUUGGCAGAAACUAGAAGCUCUGAGUUUCCUAAGAAAAUUGCAGGUUUUCUGUUUUGUUUGAUGGUUACAUAUUUGCAAAGGGGUGGCUGUACAUAUUUAGAACAUCGCGAGGGGAGAAUAUGGGCAGCAUUUGCUCCAAAGGAUCCUCAGACAACGAAAAACUUGACGAGUAUGAGAGAGAGAAAGAGCUUAACAAGUCUUCGGUUAACUCGGUGGCUCCCGCUUCCUCAAAAAGGGGGGAGUUUUUCGUAGAUGGAGUUGGUGGUGGAGGGCUUGAUGGCUCAUUGCGUCCGAUGGUUAGGACAACCUCUCAAGCGAGUUUGGGGUUCCUAAUUGCAGCAAGCAAUGAAGAGAAGAAAAGUAUGGUUGUGGAAAGACCAACCAAUGGUCAUAUACGGGCCACAACGGAUAUGGGAUCGAGUGGAGGUCAUCCGGAGAUGUCUAGGAUCGGUAGCACGCCCCGUGGUGCUAAAGGGGAGAAAGAUUUAGCGCGAUGGCCGUCUUGGUUGACUUCCGUUGCUGGAGAUGCCGUCAAAGGGUUGGUGCCACGACGAGCAGAGUCAUUUGAGAAGUUGGACAAGAUUGGACAAGGAACUUACAGCAAUGUAUAUAAAGCUCGUGACCUUGAAACUGGCAAAAUUGUCGCAUUGAAGAAAGUUCGAUUUGUCAACAUGGAUCCAGAAAGUGUCCGUUUCAUGGCUAGGGAAAUUCAUGUUCUGCGUAAACUUGAUCAUCCAAAUGUUAUGAAGCUUGAGGGACUAGUUACUUCAAGGAUGUCAAGCACCUUGUACCUUGUCUUUGAGUACAUGGAACACGAUCUUGCUGGGCUUGCAGCUACACGUGGCAUCAAGUUUACCGAACCACAGAUUAAAUGUUAUAUGCAACAAUUACUUCGAGGACUUGAGCACUGCCAUAGUCGUGGUGUCCUGCACCGAGACAUCAAGGGUUCAAAUCUUUUGAUAGACAAUAACGGAGUACUUAAGAUUGGAGACUUUGGCCUGGCUACCUUUUAUGAGCCUGAUCAAAAGCAGCCAUUGACUAGUCGUGUUGUGACUCUGUGGUAUAGAGCUCCUGAGCUUUUGCUUGGUGAUACAGAAUAUGGAGCUGCUAUUGAUCUGUGGAGCACUGGUUGCAUCCUUGCAGAACUAUUUGCUGGGAAGCCUAUUAUGCCAGGGAGAACGGAGGUGGAACAAAUGCACAAGAUUUUUAAGCUUUGUGGGUCACCCUCUGAGGACUACUGGCAGAGAUCCAGAUUGCCUCAUGCAACUAGUUUCAAACCUCAACGCCAAUACAAGAGUUGUGUUGCUGAGACAUUCAAAGACUUCCCUUCUUCAGCUUUAGCGCUUGUUGAUAAUCUUCUUUCAGUAGAACCAGAGAACCGUGUAUCGGCUGCUUCUGCACUAAGAAGCGAGUUCUUCGAAACAGAGCCCCUACCUGAUGACCCUUCAAAUUUACCAAAAUAUCCUCCAAGCAAGGAGUUUGAUGCCAAGCUUCGAGAUGAGGAAGCAAGAAGGCAAAAGGCUGAAACUGUAAAAGGUCAUGGUUCAGAAUAUGUUAGAAGGGGUCCAGGAAAUACCAAGAUAGUGCCAACGCCAGAAUUCAAUGCCCGGGGUGAUAUUUCUUUUAAGAGACAGUCAAAUACCAAAAUCUCAAGUCAGAAGUACGAUCCCCUGGAGGAUUGUGGGUCUGGGUUCCGGAUGGAGCCACCUAGAGGAGCGAGCCAGAAUGGCUUCUCUCAUUCUAAUUCAACGGUACACCAUAAUGCAGUAGGAUCAUCAUGGAAUAAGAUGCCAACCGCUACGAGGAGCAAUGGUGAGUCAAAGAUGCAGGGGUCUCACAUGCCCCAGGCAACCCCAGACCCAUCCAACUCUUCUCUAAAGAAGGAUGAAGGAAUGUCUGCAAAAGAACCUGUAAUGGGAUAUGUACCAAAGAAGAAUAGAAUCCACUACUCUGGACCAUUGAUGCCUGCUGGGGGAAACAUUGAAGACAUGCUCAAAGAGCAUGAGAGAAAAAUCCAACAGGCAGUACGUAAAGCGCGCCUUGACAAGACGAGGACCAAUAAAAACUAUGAUAAUGACCACUGAAGAAAUGUUCGGUGACUUCCAAAAUCUGAAACUAGAACCUGGCUGUUGUGCUGACUGGUUACUGCAACCUGCAACCCGGCAGGAAGCUUCUUUGGUUUAGUGUCAGAUAAUAUGCCAUGGUGGAGGUUUAACCAAGAAUGAGGUGAUUAUAGUUGGGCCCCCUCCCUCCUCUCCUCUCCGAAAAAGACAGAAAACCGAAAAAGAAGGAAAAAAGUACGGAGAAAAAAAAGGAAGGCAAUUCUGGUGGUUUUUGUUACUAAAGUUGUCAAGUUGGGCAUUUAUUCGGUUGCUCAGAGAGUCUGGGUAGGUUGUUGCUUUGUAUAGCGGAAAUGGUUUAAUCAAUAGAAGUCCGUCAGUACAUAUGUAUACCCGGGAUCAUAUUCGAUCUCCUUGUUUUAAUUGUACUCACAGAAUGGAAAUAUACUGUCGACAAUCUCAUGCAUUA